AGGAAGAAAAGGGCGAAUGGAAUUGAAUGAAAAGGAGGGAAAACAAGGAAAGAGGGUCUAGUUGGUUCUGUUUCUGUUUUUGGAUUGUUGCCGCUCUCUGUCUCUCUGCUUCUUGGUCGUUCAGAACGCCAGAAGGGUCGUUUCUUUUCGUAUUCUGGAUUCCUCGCUCUUUCUCUCGCUCUCUCUGCUUCUCGGUCGUUUCUGAACGUCAGAAGGGUUUUCUCUUUGUUGGCACACUGCAGGAGAAAACUUUCCUCCUUCCUUGAAAACAGGCUCUAGUAUGAAGCUGAAAUUGCCUCAGCAGCAGCCAUUUUCAGCACAUGGUUCUGAGAAUAUAAUUUUCUGACACUCUUAAGUGCUUCUAUCGUGCAUAAUGAGGAUGGACUUGUCUGUCUAAGUUGAACAGAGAUGAAUGUCUCUGCUCUCUUAACUUCUGCUGGCAUCAACAUAGGAGUUUGUGCACUGCUAUUGUCACUGUAUUCCAUCUUGAGAAAGCAACCAGGCAAUUUUAAUGUGUAUUUUGCUCGUAGAAUCGCUCAGGAACACAUUAAGCUGUGCGAUUCUUUUACUUUUGAAAGACUGGUACCUUCUCCUAGUUGGAUUGUGAAGGCAUGGGGUUCCUCAGAAGAAGAAAUCUUGUCAGUUGCUGGUGUGGAUGCUGUAGUAUUUCUCAGACUCCUUGUCUUUAGCAUCCGAAUAUUCUCUAUUGCUGCAGUCAUCUGCAUGUUUGUGUUGCUUCCACUAAAUUAUCAUGGUCAAGAGAUGCAUCACAUACAUAUCAAGAACCUCCCUUCGACUUCUCUAGACAUGUUUACCAUUGGGAAUGUUAAGACAGGUUUUAGAUGGUUAUGGGUGCACUGUGCUGCACUGUACAUCAUAUCUUUUUCAGCUUGCAUACUUCUUUACUUUGAAUACAAGGGCAUUUCGAAAUUGAGACUUGCACAUCUACUUGGAUCUCCCCCAAAUCCUAGUCAUUUUACUGUUCUUGUGCGUGCAAUACCCCGAUGUACAGAAGAAACUCUAAGCAAUGCAGUAAAGAAUUUCUUCACAAAUUAUCAUUCAUCAAGUUAUUUAACACAUCAGAUGAUUUAUCGAACAGGGAAGGUUCAAAAGCUAAUGAGUAAUGCUGAGAAGGCUUAUAAAAAGUUAGCAUCCUUCACUCCUGCUGAUCUGACAUGUGUGCCUAGUCGAGUCACUUGUCAUUUCUGUGGAUGUGUUCCUCCUGCCGAGAUGUAUACAAACGAGCUUCAAAAUGUCGAACAGAAGGUUGAUUAUCACCGAACAGGAGCAUUCAAUGAGGCAAAGGAAUGCUCUGCUGCUUUUGUUUUCUUUAAAAAUCGUUACUCUGCAAUUGUUGCUGCACAAGUUUUACAGUCAUCAAAUCCCAUGACUUGGGUCACCGAUUUGGCUCCAGAACCUCAUGAUGUUUAUUGGUCGAAUCUAUGGAUUCCAUUUAGACAGCUUUGGAUUCGAAGGAUUGUCACACUUUUGGCAACUAUUCUAUUUAUGUUUUUAUUUCUUAUUCCGGUCACAUUUGUCCAAGGAUUGACCCAGUUGGAACAAGUGCAGCAUACAUUUCCUUUCCUUGGUAGCAUCUUGAAGAAGAGAUUUGUAAUCCAGCUGGUUUCAGGAUAUCUGCCUAGUGUGAUCCUACAGCUGUUUCUGUACAGUCCCCCUGCAAUGAUGCUAUUUUCAGCGAUAGAAGGUUCGAUCUCCCAUAGCGGAAGGAAAAAAAGUGCAUGCUGCAAGGUGUUAUACUUUACAAUCUGGAAUGUCUUCUUUGUCAAUGUACUCUCUGGUUCUGUCAUUAGCCAGCUGAAUGCAAUUUCAAGUCCCAAAAACAUACCAACAUUGCUGGCCAAGGCUAUUCCCAGUCAGGCGACAUUCUUUAUCACUUAUGUUUUGACAUCAGGUUGGGCAAGUUUAUGUUCGGAAGUAAUGCAACUAUUUGCAUUGAUCUGGAAUUUGGUGAUGAGAUUGCUUAGAAUCAAGGAUGACGAAGUUUACAUGCCCUCCUUUCCAUAUCAUACAGAAGUUCCUAAAGUACUCCUUUUCGGACUUCUUGGAUUUACUUGUUCGAUUUUGGCACCUCUCAUACUGCCUUUUUUGCUGGUGUACUUUUUUCUUGGCUAUGUUGUCUAUCGCAAUCAGAUUCUUAAUGUGUAUUGUACUAAAUACGAGAGUGGAGGAAAGAUAUGGCCUGUAGUUCAUAACACGACAGUUUUCUCAUUGGUGCUGGCACAAAUAAUAGCUCUUGGGGUCUUUGGUUUAAAAGAUUCACCAAUUGCAUCAGGCUUUACCAUACCACUUCUUGUUUGCACCCUCUUAUUCAACGAAUACUGCAGGCAACGCUUUAGUCCAAUAUUUGAAAGCUUCUCUGCGCAGGACCUCAUAGAGAUGGACAGAGAAGAUGAAAGAAAGGGAAGGCUGGAUGAGGUUCUUCAAAAGCUACCUUUAGCUUAUUGCCAGCAUGUGACUAAAGCUAGGGAUGAGUCUGAGAGAUCAAGGAGCGACUCAAGUGCAGUCAGCAUUCAAUGUCUGGACAUACAUGAGUCAUUUAGCCACUCGAGCGUCGGAAGGUUACCAGUUUCUGCACUGCAACAGAUCGCGCAGGUGGUGAAAACAGGUAGAGAAACAGAAGUAGAGUUUUAGAAAAUGGUGUAAAGAAGCAAGUGGGUUCAUCGCAAAAUGCUGUGAAUACAAUUUCUAGAUUCGUAAUUUUUUGAGAUAGAAAGACUUGGAAGAACAUGGCGCUCUGCUGAUCAGCUUGUGGAUGAAACCAAAAUGUAGCACGGAGAAGACUUUCAAACUGUGGAGCUUGAUUGCAUUGCGUGGAUAAGUUCAAACUGUUUUGCCAAAGCUCGAUUUUUCGAGUUGCAAAUUGCAAUACGGGUGUGCUUUUGGAGACAAAAAAGGCCAUGGUCACCUUUUCAGGGUGUACAGAGAAUGCAGAACACACUCACAGUCAUCUGUCAAAAGUACUUUGCUAGUAUUUGCUGGCACACGAUCGUAUUCGUGGUCCUUGCUCAACUUUGGUCACCGCGCGCCGACACGCUUUUGCUUGGAUGGUUCACGUCUCCUUGUCGUUUUUUUUUUACUUUUAUGGGUCUAUCAGUCUGUUGCUUCUAGCGGCCCUCGGGACCAAGGUUUGCAAAUUGGCUAGGAUGUUCAGACUAGGAGCAGUUGAUAAGGAAAGCCGUAGACUGUUCAGUGGCUGGUCCUCGGCUAUGCUCUGGAGGGUUGUGGAUAUUAUAUUACAAAUUUGACGCAAUUUGAGUCAAUUAUUUCUGGAUUCUUUAAGCGUGUAAUUAUUUCUUAACAUCUAGCAUUAUCAAUGGUAAUUGAUACAAGCUUUAGCAGGA